GACCUCAGAACAAGAGCAAGGAGAUACAGUAGAGACACGGUCAUCUGGACAGAGAUCCUUCACAACAAAGGAAACAGAACAUUUGAUUGGAUUUGUUUUAUUUUGGGGAGUUUUUUCCUGUGCCACCCUAGUACUGAAAUGAUGGACCACUAUUCAGAUCAGGGUUGCGACGGGAUUGAGCUGCUUGAUUUGCUGUUUGAUCAAAACGAUGGCAUCCUCCGUCACGAGGAGAUGGGAGACCAUGACAACCAUGCCUGGCCAAUCCACGAGCCAAACGUGCUGCGUCCAGCAGAGCAACAGGGCGAGGACUUCCUGAAUGCCCUCCUGAGUGGCAGUGACUCAGUGUCGGGGUCCCCCCUAUGGUCUCCCUCUCCCAGUGACAGUGGCAUCAGUGAGGAUCAGCACUCGGAUCAGAUGGACAGCCCCCAGCGCCCUGAGAGCCCUCUGAUGGAGCCCCACUUCAUCCCCCCACAGCCACAAACCAAGGUCGCCCUGGAUGCCAACUUCUCCAUUGAUAUCAAUGGCUGGGAUUCAGGCUUCUACCCAGGAAGGACUGGGGGGACAGAGUGUUCCUCUGAUGUACACACAACCCAGCUGUCUUCUGGCUUUCCCCUCACUAUCAAGGACCUACUGCUCUCUGGCACAUCUGAGCCGCCCCCACAGCAGUCCCAACAGUCCUUCCAAGAGUUGAUUCUUAAUGAGGAUGAGAAAAAACUGCUGGCCAAGGAGGGGGUGACUCUGCCUAGCCAACUACCUCUCACAAAGUAUGAGGAGAGAAUUCUGAAGAAAAUUCGCAGAAAGAUCCGGAACAAGCAGUCGGCUCAGGAGAGCAGGAAGAAGAAAAAGGAAUAUAUCGAUGGUCUGGAGAGCAGGAUGUCUGCCUGCAACACACACAACCAGGAGCUACAGAGGAAAGUGUUCCAGCUGGAGAAAUGCAACACGUCUCUGAUGGAGCAGCUGCGCAGGCUGCAGACUCUGGUCAUGGGCGGAUCCAAAAAGACCACCCAGACUGGGACUUGUGUCCUGGUACUGCUCCUGUCCUUCUCCCUCAUCCUCUUCCCUAGCCUGAACCCUUUCGCCGAGCCCAAGGUCAGCCAAGGAGGGGACUUCAGCCCAGUGAGGGUCCAGUCACGGUCCCUGCACAACCUCCAGUCCUCCAGAGUGCUGCAUGUGAUUGACCAGCCGUACCAAACUGCAGACGACAAGCCCAAGCCUCCACACCACCAUGUCCUGGGAGACCAGGGGGUAGAUGAGAUUACGUCUCUGCUGGGUAAACUGGGCGCCGGUCACAGCAGCCAGGGACUGUCCAAUUUUGACCCCAUGUCUCAAAAUAAUAGCUUGGACGAGCAAGGCCAUUUCCAGGGAGAUCCCAUUACCGGCCAUAUAGCUACAGUGACUUGGAAUCCACACCGCAGAGCCACACUACGCCCACAUGCUGAUGACAUGUGAUCGGAGAGAGAAUUCCCAGCAGGAUUCCUCUGCUCUGCUCCCAUCUCCAGACACUUCAUAUGAUGAAACAUAGAGUAGCACAUGCCUAAGGCUCUUGUUUACACUAUGAGUUAGGGGAAUAAUAAAUUAUUCCUGCUUUUGCCUGUUAUAUUAUUUACAUUAUAUAUAUGCUUUUUUUCUUGUUUGUUAUUCUGUUUUGUAUUAUUUUAAGGAUGUUUUCUGACUUGAUCUGGAUUUCUGGAUACUAUAAAAUUGCUUUUCAAGAUGAAUUGAGCUUAUCUUGCCCCUCUAUGACUGUUUUAACAUUGACAGUGUAGAUUUGUGUAUUUUGAGACAGACAUAAUUAUUGUUUUUCAUAACUGAUGGUGUGUACAACUUUGAGCUUUACAAAUAAUUCAGAGGAUGAUUUUGCAUGUACUGUAUACUAUGAUACAAUAACUUUAUUGACAAUCUUGCUAAGCAUUGAUAAAACUGUCUCAAAUAAACUAAACAUUUUAAAGUGUA